GGUUGGUGGAGGUGGCCGUGGGGCCCUCGGCGCGUCCCGCAGAUUGGGGCCGAGCUCGCGGCUCGGCCAUGGCCAGCGACUUCUACCUGCGCUACUACGUGGGGCACAAGGGCAAGUUCGGCCACGAGUUCCUGGAGUUCGAGUUUCGGCCGGACGGAAAACUGCGCUAUGCCAACAAUAGCAAUUAUAAGAAUGAUGUGAUGAUCAGAAAAGAGGCUUAUGUCCAUAAGAGUGUGAUGGAGGAACUGAAGAGAAUCAUCGAUGACAGUGAAGUCACAAAAGAAGAUGAUGCCUUGUGGCCUCCACCCGACAGGGUGGGCCGGCAGGAGCUGGAAAUUGUCAUUGGAGAUGAACACAUUUCUUUUACCACAUCCAAAAUUGGCUCCCUUAUUGAUGUGAACCAGUCCAAGGAUCCCGAAGGUUUGCGAGUCUUUUAUUACCUGGUCCAGGACCUGAAGUGUUUGGUCUUCAGCCUUAUUGGCUUGCAUUUCAAGAUUAAGCCCAUCUAGGCUGGGUGUUUUCACUUUUUCUGUGUGCUUGGGUGGUGGUGUUUUUCAGUCCCAAUGUCAGAAGACUUUUGUGUAAACUAGGAAAAUAUUUUUUAUACACUGUGUGAUUGUUUUUAAUAAAGAUGCAGGCCAAUACA